GUGACUGUGUAGAAUACAGUCAUUUGACAUUCAUGAAGUUUGUCGUUACUAUGCAUUUUUAUUGCAUGAAAUAAGCCACAGCGGGGAAAAGAAAAUAACAGGGGGAAGGCGACAUCUGUUGCGGUCAAAACACCAGCAAUGCCACUCUUCGCGACCAACCCAUUUGACCAAGAUGUUGAGAAAGCAACCAGUGAGAUGAACACAGCUGAGGACUGGGGCCUCAUUCUGGACAUAUGUGAUAAGAUAGGGCAGUCACGCACUGGGCCUAAAGAAUGCCUCCGCUCUAUAAUGAGAAGAGUCAACCACAAGGAUCCCCACGUGGCCAUGCAGGCACUGACUCUCCUUGGUGCUUGUGUCUCAAACUGUGGGAAAAUAUUCCACUUGGAGGUGUGCUCCAGAGAAUUUGCCAGUGAAGUCAGUAACGUCUUAAACAAGGGCCACCCUAAAGUGUGUGAGAAACUGAAGGCACUGAUGGUGGAGUGGGCAGAGGACUUCCGCAACGAUCCCCAGCUCAGUUUGAUCUCAGCCAUGAUCAAAAAUCUACGUGAGCAGGGGGUCACUUUCCCUGCUGUGGGGUCCCAGGCUGCAGAGCAAGCAAAAGCAAGCCCUGCUUUAGUGGCAAAGGAUCCCUCCACCUCAACAAACAAAAAAGAAGAAGAAGACCUGGCCAAAGCUAUUGAGCUGUCACUGAAGGAGCAACGUCAGCAGCCGCAGACCUCCCUGUCAAGCCUUUACCCCAGCACCUCCAGCCUGCUCUCCUCACACAAGUCUGACGGCAGAAAAGUCCGCGCCAUCUACGACUUUGAGGCUGCCGAAGACAAUGAACUCACCUUCAAAUCAGGAGAAAUCAUUACUAUCUUGGACGAUAGUGAUCCCAACUGGUGGAAAGGGGAAACAUACCAGGGUGUGGGGCUCUUCCCCUCUAACUUUGUCACUGCUGACCUCACUGCAGAGCCUGAGAUGAUGAAGACAGAGAAGAAGUCGGUCCAGUUCAGCGAGGACAUCCAGGUGGAGACCAUAGAGCCCGAGCAAGAGCCUGUAUAUAUAGACGAGGACAAAAUGGACCAGCUGCUGCAAAUGAUCCAGAGUGCAGAUCCCACAGACAACCAGUCAGACAGUGUUGAGUUACUACAGUUGGAAGGUGCCUGCAAUCAAAUGGGACCCCUCAUUGACCAGAAGUUAGAGGAUAUAGACAGGAAGCACUCAGAGCUGUCGGAGCUGAAUGUGAAGGUGAUGGAAGCUCUGUCUUUGUAUGCUAAGCUGAUGAACGAAGAUCCAGUCUAUGCCAUGUAUGCCAAGCUGCAGAGCCAGCAGUACUACAUGCAGCAGCCUGCCAACGCAGCACAACAGGUCUACCCUGGUCAGCCUGCAUCAGGUUCGUACGCCAUGAGCGGUACCGCAGUGCAGGGUUACAAUGUUCCCAUGGAGCAGCUUCAAGCUGGAACCCCAAUGCCCGGCCAGCCGGCCCCCAGUGAUGUCCAUAUGUACAUGGGCCAGCCGCCAGUCUACACUGCAGCCCCGGGCAGCAUGGCCCCAGCAGACAUUCACUCCUACCAGAAUCCCGCCAGCGCCCCUGGCCCCGCCUCUGGUACAAAUCCUAUGACGCAGACGCCAAACUACAGCGCCCCCACUGGCCAGAGCAUAGCACCUUCCUCAGACGCCCCACAGGCCCCCUAUUCAGAAAAAGCUUUGCUAUAGGGCCACCUGAGCUCACCGUUGUCCUCAUGCGUACACAUACACACACACACCAGACCUGAUCAAAUAGUGGUUGUAAAUUAUUUUUUGCAUUUCUUUUCUCAUGCACACCAGAUUAAUGGAAAAAAGUGAAGAUGUAGUACAUUGACAUUAAUAUCUGGCAUACUCAGUGUUUUAUCUGGCAGAUAUGAAGUUAAAUAUACAGUUACACUUCCAGGUUUAGAAGUGAUCACUGUAUGGUCUGAAAAUGGCCUCUGCUUCCUUUCAGGACUUUAUUGGAUUAAUUGUGUUCCUUUGUUCUCACUCUUCUCCUGCAUGUCUCUACAUGAUUCAGAUGUAAAGAUAUGGAGGAGCUUUUAGCUGCACUUUCAUCCUGAGUUGCACUUAUUUAAGUUCUGGACAUUAGUCAUUCCUGACCACUUCCAAAACUGGACGUCCAUAGCAAUAUGAGCAUUGCACUCAAACAAGUGUAAUUGUAGCCACUUAAAACUAAUCAUUGAAUAUUUAUGCAAUUACUAUUUGAUCAAGUGCGAGAUAUACAAGCAUUCCCUCACUCCACAUUCAACAUGCACACUGAAGCUGCACACACAUUAUUCAGUCACACUACAGGCAGGUGUACAGCAGUGGAAAUGCACACAAGCUCAGUUGUACCAGUUGGUUCACACAUCCUCAGCGGUAUGUGACCUUCACACCUUUACCUUCACUCACACACUAACACGGAGAGAAAUUCACAACAGCCUUCUCACCCACUUACGCAACUACAGCUAAUCAUGACAUAAAAGGGGGGCGUUGACUCGCAUUGACUUUUUUAAAAUUUUUAUUUUAUCAGAAAAAGGACUCAUAGCGAUGCUGAAAACGUUAGGCUACUACACUCUGUAUAUGUUGUCAACUUUUAGAAGUACUGAAAACUGAAGACACUUUUUUUUUGUUGGAGGGAAAAGAAGCAAGAGGAAAUGAAGCAUGCACAUGACUCUUGUAUAUACUGUACUGGACUAGUAGUGAAGCCACAUGAUGACCUCAUGGGUGGGCUGUAUGUUAGUGCAGCUCCCGGGCAUUUUAGCCUUAAAGGUGAACUCUGCAGUUAUGAUGUCCCCGGUGAAUUAAAGGUGUAAAAGCCAAAGAGAACAAAGCGAAAAAGUGUUCACAUGCCACAGAACAAAAUAUGUUGUUUCUUUCUUUGAUUUUUAAUUUUUUUUUUUUAUAAAUAUGAUUGACUUCAUACUGCAGUCUUCCUUUUGAAAACGAGCAGUUCUGGAUCCUUGUUGGUGGACACAGGGCUCACUCUGUCUCCAUUCUGGGGCUGCACUAACAGACUCGUACCACAGACUUGGCUACUAAGGGGUGAACUCUUUGAAACUCACCCCAGUGUCUUUAAAGCAUCUCCUUAGUCAGUGUUGAAAAAUGAAGACUAUGUUUUUGUAGUGCAUUUUAAUUUAUGUUUUGAUUAUUGUUAUGCUAUUUUAAAUGGAGAAGCAGUGCAGGAUGUAUGCAUUUCAAAGAAAAGCGGAAUAUACGAUAUUCUGCCCAUCUUAGUUGUAUAUUUAAAUUGCUCACAUGAGAACAUGGACUUUUCUCUCUGUGUUUGAUACAUGCUUAUUGUACUGUAGGCUCAAAUGGUAAUGUGAAAACUGAUCAAACCUCCCUGCACAUUUAAAAAAUUUGUCAGUUCGCAGAGCUGUGUUAACACUAAAACCAAUUCUACCUGAGGCAGAACUGAAGUAAGGUUUCUAUGAUCCUGGACGCUACAGUUUGGGUUUGUAGACAUCUCUUUCCCAAAGUCUGCCUAAGCUAUGAGUUUCAGUGAUUCUGAUUUCAAGCAUUCAAGAUCAAAUCUUUUACAAAGUCUACUUUUAUUACGUCAUCUACUUUAUUUUGUCAGUUUGUUAGAAAACGCACCUUUUUUAAUACUCAGUUCUCAGUGGCUCGUAUUGCGUCCACAUGUGAAAGGUCUUUGGGAAACAGAUUUGCAAAUACUGAUUGGAUCGCAAAAAGUGGAUGAAAAAUUAUUUAUCUGUUGUAUAUUAUUAACUGAUACUAAAUGAAGGAGAUAUAAAGCAGUUUUAGAUAAUUUCUUCCAAUUGCAGGUGCAAAUUGGUGCGUUGAUCUAACUUUGAAAUGGUGUCAUGUCAGUUUCUCUUUAGAUCCUCUCUUUCAAAUGUUCUACUUGCCAUCCCUGUGCCGCCUUAAGAACACAAAACAACCCUCAACUUAAGCUCAGUACCUGGGAUUUUGCAAGCAAGAGGCCAUUUUACCCUUCAGAACUUGAUUUGUGCAUCACCUUGUUGUUGUAAGUUGAUUUCUGAGACAAGGAAUCCUAUUUUGCUGCCUUCAACUAAAUGCUACAGUGAAAUAAUAUGAAUCUGUUGAAUCAAAAGAGGGUUGAAAAUAUCCAAGUAGCAGCUAUUCUGGGACCACAGGACCAGGAGCCGGUUAAUCAUCACACAACAUUUAAAUCUUAACAUCUUGUUGUGCCACAGCGUUGGACUGCAGCCCUGAUGUAAUUUUAUUGUACAGGAUUGAGAUGCUGCCUGUUUUUAAGUUUUAAACCAACAUCAUUAUUGUAAAGGUUCUGUCUAAACUUGUACCCUGCUGUUUGUAUGUAUUCUUUUAACCAUACUUAUUAAUUGGUAUUCACAAUAAAAACCAGGCCAAAUGUACA